UUCUUUUUUUUUUUUUUCUUUCUUCUCCAUCUACAACCAAAAAUUAAAUUUACGAAAACUUCCACAACUAAUCUUUACUAACCAACCAUAUCCAAUCGUAUCAUAUCAUUUCAUAUCACUAGAGUCCCCCAUUCAUCCAUCUAUCACCAUAUCUUUCAUUACAUCUAGAUUCAUCCAUACCUCAUUCAUCUAGUUCAAUCCAAAUUAAUCCAUAUCCAUCCUAACCCUUAUAAGUCAGCCUUAGGAUAACGUCAUUUUAUUAUCCACCUAGAAUCUAAAUCCCUAUCCUCAUCAACCCAUAACUGUCAUAGAAUGACAAAUAUUCCUGGUGAUACCACCCGUUCACCUAAUAAACCAUCUCAGUUUCUUUUAUUCGAUGAUGAAUUGGAAAAUGAUGAUGGUUCAAAUCCAAACAUUGAAAUAAAUCAUGGAUUAGAAAUAAAUCUACUGCCCAAAAGAUCUCAACCUCCUCAUUUACAACCACCAUCAUCUUCAUCACAUUUGCAUCAUAAUAAUCCAAAACAUAUCAAUCAAACUACUUUCUUAAAUCCAAAUGCCAUCCAUCAACCUAUACCUCAACAACGACCAAAUCCAAGACGACCUAUUUCAAUAUCAACUACGCAACCUGAUUUAUUAUUAACUCCAACUACAUCAAAUACUUCAUCAUCUGCAUUCAGUCCAACUUUAAUCCCUUUCCAACUGGGCAAAGAUUCUCAAUUUAAAGAAAUCGAAGAUAUUCUAAGAUUCCCCAUUGAAUCAUCUCAUGCUUAUUCUUAUGCUCAUUUAUCUCCAAAUUCUUUAGCAUUAAGAUUAAAUGUUUUAAAAAGAUCAUUGGAAAUUUUAAAAGAUAGACCUGAUUUAUUUAAAUCAAUUCAUUUCUUAGAUAAUGAAAAUCAUCUUAAUAUUAUAAGUUCAACUACUCCUCCUCAUGAUUCAUCACCAAAUUUAUCUUAUUUAUCAACAACAACUGCUACUAAUAAUAAUUUAACUAAGAUUCAAUCCAAUGUCAUAGAACAAAGAAAUCCAAUUCUGGCUCCUCCCUUGCAUUCCUUCUAUAAUCAUUCUAAUAAUAGUUCCGAAUUCUUUAAUGAUAAUAAUAAGAAAUAUAAAAUUGAAGGUAAUAACAAUAACAAUAAUAAUAAUAAUAAAUUUCAAUCUAAUGCUUCAUCUGCUGCAUUAGCUGCAUUCUUCAGACCUCCAAUGACAAGAUCGGGAAGUGCCCAAUCUGUCCAUGAAUCAAGUAUCCAUGAAUUUAACCCACUACCACCACCACCUACAAGUACAGUAUUAAGAAAAUCAUCCCAAUCUUCAAUCAGUCAUGAUGAUAUCAUUCUUAGUGAUGAUGUGAAGGAUAUAAUCGAUUUAUUAGAAAAUGAUCUUGAUUCAUUAAUGAAUCAUUCUGAAAUAGCUUCAACCUUACAUGAUUUAUCAUUAUCAUCUCAUGACAAAGAUAAUUUAAUCCUUAAUGAUCAAAAACAAUUCAAACAUGAUUUUAUUAAAAAUAAAUUACUUUAUGCCUUAUCAACACCAUUCAUUGAAACUUCAGUAAUGACAUCAUCAUUAUUAGCAAGUGAAGCAUUCCCCUCUUCAAAAUCAAUCCCAAUGAGACCAUCAACUACCGCUUUAAAUAUGUUGAAUAAUAAUACUACUCCUUCUCAAUUACCUCCAUCCCAUACCAAUAAUGCCAAUAGUAAUCGUCCUUUCCAUUCCAUGACAUCAGGAAAGAGAUCAUUACCACAAUCGGUGUUCACGGUAGAAGUAGAAUCACCUUGGCAAGUUAAAGCAGCUAAUGAUUUAGCAUGUUUGAUGUUUGGAGUUCUGAAAGGGAUGAUUCGGUCAUUAACUUUAAUGGAUUUAAUCGCUCCUCAAUUUAGAGAUUUCGUAACGGAAAGAUUAACCAAAUAUAUCGCUGAGAAUUUAGAUUUAAUGAUUAGACUGAAAAGAUCUACUAAACAAACUAAUAAUAAUAAUAUCUUAUUCGCUGGUGAAGUUGUUGCUAUUGCUAGACCUGGUGAUCAAAAUUAUGCCUGGACUUCGUUAUGGGCGAAAAGAAAAGGUAAUUUAAUAAUUUGUAUGUUUGAUCAAAUUCCAUGUGAUGCAUUUGAUGUUGUUAUUCUGUGUGAAAAACAUACUACCAAUGGUUCAACUUCUCCUAAAGUUUCAACUACAUAUACCGUUGAUUCAAUUUUAGAAAUCGCCGGAAAUUUAACUAAUCAAUUUGAUCUUCCAAAAGUUAAAGUCUUAAGUGAUAUAAGUGGAACUUUAAAUCAAGAAAUUUCAAGUGAAGAUAUUUGGGAUAAUAAUGAUGAUGAUUCAGAUGGGUAUAGUAAUAGUGAUGAUGAAUAUUUCGCUUCCAAAGAUACUAAUGAUAGUGCCUUGAUUAAUAGAACUAGAUAUUAUACAGUUCAAAGUAAACGAGGUGAACAUAUCCCAUGUGCAUUGACAUCCAAUCCUUUACAAAUCAAUAACGAACGUCAUCAAAUCAAACUUAAGAUACAUUCUUUACCUUAUAUUGCCGGUAUUUUUGUUAUAAGUGCUCAAAAUUAUGAAAUUUUAUCUUGUAAUAAUGCUAUUGCCAAAAACUUAUUUGGUAAAUCAUCGGAAUAUUUACAUAAUAAAUCAAUCAAUGAAUUAAUCCCAAAUUUUACUGACAUUCUUAAUAUUGGGUUGAAUAAUAAUAAUGAUGAGAUUAUAUUGGUUCCAGGUUUGGUUUUACCUGAACAUUUCUUUAGGAAAUAUGAUGCUUUGUUAAGUCACCAACGCGAAAGUCCUCAGAUUUCAGAAGAAGAAUUAUUCUUUAAUUCUCAAGGAAUAAAGGGUAUACAUAGAGAUGGUAAGAGCUUAUAUGUUGAUGUUCAAUUAAGAGCAUCUUCUAAUGAUACUCUUGUACUUUGGAUAACUUAUUCAAGAGCUUCUAGUAAAAGUAAUAUCUCCAAAGAAUUAGAUAGAUUAAGUUCAAGUACUUCAUCGAUAUCAUCAUUAGGUUCAAAAUCAACAUCAUCAACAUCUAUACCAAAACCAUCUAAAAAAUCAAGUAGUUCACUUACGGAAUCAGAGCUUAAGAUUAUGCUACCAAAACAUUCAAGAUCAAGUACAGUCAAAAUGUCAGGAACUAGAUUACCAUCACAAUUGAAUUUACUUCCUUCUGAUGAUUCAGGAAUUUUGGAAUUCUCUCCUAAUAGUCAUGACAUUGCCAGACUGAAUUCAGUAAGACAGGCUAAAAAUGGUUCAUUUGGAAUCCCAGUAUCUUAUUUAAGUAGCAGUAGAGUGUUCCAAAAAGUUACCUCAAAUGAUGGAAUUGAUCCUAUUAGUACCAAUACCAAUUUGAGAGUUGUGUCAGAUACUACUUCGGAAUAUACUUAUCCAACUAGUUCAGCUGGAAGUGGGGAUGGUUCAACCAUAACUGCGGCCACUACAACUGAAGUUAGUCAAUAUGGAAUACCGGCAUCAUAUCUCAAGUUUUCUGAAGAUGAAAUCUUAAAAAUCGAAGAAGAGAAAUUAACAGCAUUAUCAACUCAUUCAAAACAAUGGCCAAAAGAAGUAGGUGCCAAAAGAAAGACCAAGAAAUUCGCUGAAUUCGUAGUCAUUAAAGAAUUAGGCGAAGGUGCUUAUGGUAAAGUUGUCCUUGUCCAACAUAAGGAUGAUCCAUUAUACAAGAUAAUUUUGAAAUGUAUUGAUAAAGAAAGAAUUCUUGUUGAUACUUGGGUUCGCGAUCGUAGAUUAGGAACCAUUCCAUCUGAAAUUCAAGUGAUGGCAUUUUUAAAUUCCGAACCUCAUCCUAAUAUCAUGAGAAUUGUUGAUUUCUUUGAAGAUCGAAAAUAUUAUUAUUUAGAAACACCUAUUUUUGGUGAUCCUAUUGCCAUUGAUUUAUUUGAUUUCAUUGAGAUCAAAAAAGAUAUGACUGAAAUGGAAUGUCAAUUCAUCUUUAAACAAAUCGCCUCUUCCAUAUAUCAUCUCCAUAAGAAUGGAAUUGUUCAUCGAGAUGUCAAAGAUGAAAACGUUAUUGUUGAUGAAAAUGGUAUUAUCAAAUUGAUUGAUUUUGGUAGUGCAGGUUAUACCAAACAAGGUCCCUUUGAUGUAUUCGUAGGGACCAUUGAUUACGCAUCACCAGAAGUAUUACGAGGAGAAAAAUAUGAAGGUAAACCUCAAGAUAUUUGGGCUUUAGGGAUCUUAUUAUAUACCAUGAUCUAUAAAGAGAAUCCAUUCUAUAAUGUGGAUGAAAUUAUGGAAGGAGAUUUAAGAGUCCCUUACAUUGUCAGUGAAGCCUCAGUUGAUUUAAUUAAAAGAAUAUUAGUUCGUGAAUCGAGUAAGAGACCAACCAUAACAGAUAUAGUUGAAGAUCCUUGGUUACAGAUUUAAAUUAAAAGUGUAUAGAGUUAUAUAUAUAUAGUUACGGAACAAUUAAUGAAAUUAGCAUUUUUUUAGAU